AUCUGUGAGAACAGUCAUGCUAUUGCUAAACGGCACAACAGCUGAAUUACUGAAGACGUGGCAUUGAAGGGGGGGAUACGUUUGGAUUGAACACACGUCUCAUUGAAGACCUUGUUGCAGCCUGUGAAACUUGCCAUUUCCAUCUUUCAGAUUCCAAGAUGAAGUUUGAAGACAUCGUGAAGCUCCUUGGUGACUUUGGCCCCUACCAGAAGAGGCUGUACUUCCUGUUGUGUAUCCCUACCAUAUCAAUCGGGAUUCAGACAAUAAUGACAGUCUUUACACUUGGUGUGCCAAAUCACAGGUGUUCUCUUCCUGAUUGGGAUAAUGACACAUACGCCAUACAAGGGAACAGCCACGCACGGGCCGUCAAUGCAGCCUUUACAUCGCCCAUUGAAUGGACACAACACGACUCUUCCUGUUUCAUUCACGACCAGAAGAAUGGGACGGGGGAGGGCUUAACACUGUAUACUAAUACUACUCGUAAAUGUGACAGCUGGGUCUACGACAUGGAGCAGUUCGGUUCAACUAUUGUUACGAAGUUUGGAUGGGUAUGCGACGUGAAGAUGGCGAAGUCUCAUGCUCAGAUGCUGUUUAUGCUGGGUUUCCUACUGGGCAGUGUGGUGUUGGUUGCGCCAUCAGAUUUCACUGGAAGGAAGAAGAUGUUCAUGGUAUCAGUCACCCUGCAUGUUGUAUCCACCAUCUCGGCAGCCUUUGUGUCCAACUUCACGUCACUAGGUCUCAUCUACUGCAUGAUUGGUAUGUCGUGCAUUGGCGUCUGGAGCAACAGCUUUGUCGUAGGUGUGGAGCUUGUGGGCCCUUCAAAUCGAGUUUGGACAGGAAUCAUAGUCGAAAUGUUUUGGACAUUCGGAUCUGUAAUUGUAACAGCGAUUGCAUACUUUGUCCGAAAUUGGCAACAUUUGCAGCUGAUAGGCUCAGUGCCAACAGUUCUGUUUUUGACAUAUUAUUGGUUGAUGCCGGAGUCUCCGCGUUGGUUGAUCAGUAAGCAGAGGUAUGAGGAAGCCGACAUAAUAUUACGUCAUGCUGCCAAUGUCAACAAGACGACCCUGCCCUGUAAUAUGUUCAGCGGAGAUAGGCUAGACCGGAAGAGGGAGGUGCCGCUAUGGCGGAUGUUCAAACGUCCGUCUUUGGUUAUCCGAAGCCUUGUGUUGUUUUUCAGUUGGUUCGUUGCCAGUAUUGGUUUCUAUGGACUCGGUCUCAACGUAGCUAAUCUGGGCGGGAGUGUCUAUACUAAUCUAUUCAUUGCGGCUUUGACUGAACUAGCUGGCCAUGCUUCAUGCCUCCUGCUCCUCAAUCGUAUUGGGAGGAAGGUUUUUCACUGCACUGUAAUGAUUAUCGGCGGAUUGUGCUGCACAGCUACAAUCCUACCGGUGCUCUAUGGAAACGGAUCUCUUAACUGGCUGACCAUUGCAUUAGCUUUGACUGGUCAGGGUUUUGUAGUGGCCAGUUUCGACAUCAUCUGGCUUUAUUCUUCGGAGCUUUUCCCGACAGUCAUCAGAAGCUCAGCUCUCGCAGCGGCCAACAUCUUCGCCAGGGUUGGAGGAACCAUAUCACCAUACAUUGCUAGCCUGGCUCUAGUGAUAUCUGGAGAUUUUGGUCCGAUUGUUCCUCUCAUUAUAAUUGGAACUACAAUGAUUGUGGCGGGACUGGCAGCCUUGGUAUUGCCUGAAACUUUAAACAACCCACUCCCUGAUACUAUAGAGGAAGCAUGUCGGAUGAAAAGAGGGAGGAACAUUCGUUAUCACACAGGGGCUGACUAUACCAGCUCCCAGGGUGACGAGAUUAUGAAGACACUUGAGCUAUGAAGAAGUACAUAUUCUCUGUCUCAAGUGAUGGAAUGGUGGUACUCGUAAGAAACCUUUGGCUGGCUUCUUACAGGUGUUGUUGAAAGUGAUACGUAACAAACAAUUUACGUGACCAUAUACAAGAUUCCAUAAAUAUUAUUAAUAUGAUUAAAACGUGACGUUUUCCGCAGUUGUUAACUGUAUGCCUGAUGAUGAUGCCAAUAUAUGUUAAACAUGUUGAAAUAUGACAACUUUGGGGACCAGAAGAUCCUUUUAAAAGAAUGAAGAUAUCUGGCACUGGCCUUGAACUCUUCAAAUGUAGAAAUAUAUUUUCUUUUUCGCUAAUAAUACAAGAGACCUUGACACAAUGAACAGUUGUAAAAUGUCAUCUCAAAUUAUUCGGGAACAGGGACGAUUCCGUUACCGAACUACUACUGAUAAUAACAAAAUAUCUGUCCUUAAUCCUUAUGACGUUUACUCUUCCCUCCAGCUUUUGAAACUACCUGUGCCAAGAGCACGCGACAAUAAAUAAUACCAUUCCUUCCAAAGUUUAUCCAGCAAGUGCGUUCCUUCAGGUUCGCAGUCAGUUUGUCUUCGUGCAGUACACAUCGGAAAUCCGUUUAACCAAGCAUCGGUACAAAUUAUCAUUUUCUUAAAAGUUCUACACUCUUUGGCGCACAGAUUAAUCCCACGAACUGUCAUCCUUAUUCAUCAUCAAUUUCGCGUUUUGUGCCGCUUACCCCUGAAAGAUGUUAAAGAUCCGUCUGCUUCCCAGCAAUUGCAAGACGUGAUCUCGAGGCAAAGCGAAAAGCAAUGUACGCUUUCGUAUGAGGCUACCUAGUUUAAAGUAUUCAUUAGCAAGCUGAAUAUUUUAACACGUCUUGAAUGUCAAUUAAACAUAUUUAUGUCACCAGUCCAAGGUUAUUUUUCUGUAAAAUAAUUGUACAUACCGGUAAACACAAACAUUGCAUAUAAAUGUGUUUUUUUUGAAAACAGGGGGUGUCUGCACUAUGUAUAUGUUUUUUUUCUCGGCACUUUGUCAGCCAACCGCGGUUUUGAACCGUACUUCAGCUAUAAUUUAAUUUUGCUUUCACUGUCGGCUUCCUUGAUCCAGUGUUGUUUUAUUCCACUGCGAAAAAUAAAUAAACAAAAGUAAUGAGUU